AUGUAUGAGAAUUUCAGCAGCAGAUACGCUGAGACAGAGAUGAAGUUGGGCAAUGUUACAGAGCUGAAAUUGCCUGGAAUGAAAACUUUGGACCUGUCCUGUAAUUCUAUAGAAGAAAUUGAGUAUUUGGACAACCAUAAUGAAAUUACAGAGCUUAAAUUAUAUGGUAAUAAUAUCAGGAAAAUUAAGAAUCUGGACAGAUUGCAAGAACUUCAAGUUCUCCAGUUGCAGUUCAAUAAUAUCACAAAUUUAAGGAAAGGUCUCCUCAAACUCCGGAAAUUACAGCGACUGAGGCUGGACAGCAACCGCUUGAUCUGUAUGGAAUCCCGAGAACUUUCAGGACUAUCCCAAUUGGCAUCUUUGGAUAUCAGUCAUAACCAGUUAACUGACAUCACCGCCGUGAAUAUGUUGCCCUGCCUUGAGGAGCUGUUUGCAUCCAGCAACAGGUUGUGUGGAGUUAUUGAUCUCAGCAAAUGUAACAAGUUACAGGAACUUGAUUUAUCCAACAACAAAAUAUCAGAGGUCCGGGGGUUGUCUUUACUGGAAACUUUAACGUCAGUUAACCUCUCUGGGAAUGUUCUGCACUGCACCGAAUGUCUUGGAUCUCUUUGUUCUUUGCAGGAAUUGAAUCUUGCUGAUAACCAGCUGAAGUCUGUUAGCAGCUUUGCUCAACAAUUCCCUAACCUCGAAGUUCUUAAUGUAGUCAAAAAUGACAUUGACGUCAGGGAGGGUCUAAAAUCUCUGAUGCGGUGCUUCCACCUAGUGGAACUGAAUUUAAUUGGCAACAUAGCUGAAACAUCAGAGGAGGAUGAAACCAUGCACCUCAUGGAAGUCUCUUACCUCAUGCCUCAGCUUGAAUAUUUGGAUGGGGUUCCUCUUAACCCAUCGAAUAGUGAGAAUCAGAAUUCUCAAGUUAUUCAGAAAACAGGACUGGCUAGUGCUUCCCUUGAGAAUACGCAAAAGAUUGUGACCUGUUUGAUGGAUUUUGAGUCCCAAAUGGAAGAUCUGCAACAAUCACUAGCUGAAAGGUUUAGUCAGGUGAAGAAUCUGAUGGAAUCCUUACCUAAAAAAUUACCAUUCAAACCUUCACAUACAGCUUCAACCAAACUGACCUCCGUACCUGGCUAUGGGUCCCGCCCAGAAACAAGCUGCAGGAGUCGCUCCAGAAUUGAAGAAGCCAGAUCAUUUGCCGCCCAGCACUUUGAAAAGUAGCACGACCAUCAGAUGGAACAUUUCAACGAAACUGCUUGCUUAAUUACAAUCAGGACAACGACAACAAAGAGAGCCGAAACACAAAGCCCGAGGAGGAAGCAAUUGUUACUGGUCCAGAUACCUGCACUAUGAUGUACAACCAGUAAAACCAAUUUUUGAUUUUAAAGUUUAUUGACUGAAACCAGGUAUAAUGCUCAUACCAGUUUCACUAGACUGGCAGAAACAGUCCGUACACAACUUUGCUCUGUAAGCUGAAAAAAAUGUUGCCCAACACUAUAAAAAAGAUACAAUUCAAUUUACAAGGCUCUUGCUAUCACAACUCCUGAAACAUGGAUCUUUACCCAAAAUCAUUCAGAUCACUUACAACAUCAAGACAGCCGUGCUAAAAAUAAACUGAAU